UUUCCUGAAUUAAGUUUGAAUACAAUUGGUCUUUGAGUGUGGAAUGGCUCCUAGCAGUCUAUCAGUCAGUGGUUUCUCUUUGUGGUCACACUCUAUGUUUAUUCUGGAGACUACAGCAUGGAAAGAAAAUGGACUUUGGAGUCAGAUGAAUCUUGAUUCAGAUUUGGCAGUGCCACUAAGCAGCUCUAUGGCACUGAGCACAUCAGUGGACCACUCUCUGAUCCUCAAUUGCCUUAUCUGUAAAAUGAGAUGACACACCCCUGCUCAGGGCUAUGGUAGGAUUAGAUAUGAUAUGUGUAAGACAGCUUUCCCAGGGCCUGGUACAUGCUGUGUCCAAGAAGAAGUUACAAAUGUUGCUAAGUCACCCUGCUAAGUCCCUCUGCACAUCCAAUGCUGGACUCUUCAUGCCCAAGGAAACAUACAGGACACAAAAUUCAGUGGCACCCGGCUCAGCAGAUGAAAGCACAGGAAGGAGAUGGGGGGUCCUGGCCCCCCCUUUGUUCUUGGGGCCAGGCUUGUGGACAGCCUGGAAAGACUGACAUGAACCCUCCAGCAUCUGGGGGUGCCAACCACCAAGAGCAGCACAGCUCUUGUCUACAAGCCACUUAUAGCAGGUGUGAACAUUUCAUCUUUCCUCUGUGGUUUGCAACUCUCCCCCCAGGUCUCGGUCACUUCCUUUGGUUGUACUUCACUUUUCUUCUAGCCUGCAAUUCCCUCAUCUUUCCUCUAUGAUGACAUCGCCCUGGGGAAGAGAGAUUGAGAGAAACUCCUCACUCAGCUAGCUUCAGGAGCCAUGACAUCAUCUUUACCAUGGAAAUUCCACUCACUCUGCUGAGCCCCCACAUUUGUCCCAGGCCUCACAGUCCUUAUAAAAAGAUUCCCAACUUAGUAUCAGCACAGGACACAGCUGGGUUCUGAAGCUUCUGAAUUCUGUAGCCUCACCUCUGAGAAAACCUCUCUUCCACCAACACCAUGAAGCCGUGCGUGACUGUCCUGUCUCUCCUCGUGCUAGCAGCUGCCUUCUGCUCUCCAGCACUCUCAGCACCAAUGGGCUCAGACCCUCCCACCUCCUGCUGCUUUUCUUACACCAUGAGGAAGCUUCCUCGCAACUUUGUGGUAGAUUACUACGAGACCAGCAGCCUCUGCUCCCAGCCAGCUGUGGUAUUCCAAACCAAAAGAGGCAAGCAAGUGUGCGCUGACCCCAGUGAGACCUGGGUCCAGGAGUAUGUGUAUGACCUGGAACUGAACUGAGCUGUUCAGAGACAGGAAGUCUUCAGGGAAGGCCACCUGAGCCUGGAUGCUUCUCCAUGAGACGCAUCUCCUCCACACUCAGGACUCCUCUCCGCAGCUCCUGUCCCUUCUCUGAAUUUAAUCUUUUUUAUGUGUUAUGUUAUUGUAUUAGGUGUUAUUUUCAUUAUUUAUAUUUGUUUAGCCAAAGUGUCUCCUAUGGGGAUGGUCCACCGUCACUGUUUCUCUGCUGCUGCAAAUACAUGGAUAACACCGUUAAUUCCGUGUAUUUUCAUAAUAAAACUUUAAAAUAAAAUGCA